AUGUUGGUCGAGGCUUGCAGUGCCAUUCUCUAUGGAGCUGUGUUUCUCAGCCUAAUCCUUAUCGACUUCAUCCUCGGCCAUGGGUUCGUGGACAUGUUUCAGAAAAUCUUCUGUAAGAUCGCGUGCUUCGUCAAGAAGACUGUUAGGGAAGAAGCCAAGAAUGUGACUGUGUUGCCAGAGAAUCCUAUAAGUUUGCCCGUGCUUUUUAUGGAGAUUUUGGUCCUGAGUCUCACGAUUGCUUUCCUAAAUAAGUACAAGCAAUUUCGAAGCAAGGAUCGAAUCGAUGAUCUCCUUCAUGAAAGCAAGGAAGCCUUGAGACAGACCAACGAGUUUCUUGAGAAGUGGAGACUACGACGGGUUCCCACCGAAUAUUCCUAUUUGGAUGAAGAGCCGCAGGAGAUCAAACCACUCAGAUUAGAAGUGCCUAUCCUACACAUGGCUAUUAUUGACACUCUAGGCACGACAAGAAGUCAGCCAGAAAGGGGAGACGCAGGAGACACAGUCAACAUCACAGACUCAACGCUUCUCUCAGUCACAUCACUUCUCGAUGAAGAUUUGGAAUCGAUUCCAGAACAACGACUUAGUGAAGAGAAAAUAGUUGAAGAGACUAAAAACAUCGAGUUUAGGAAUCGAACGCUUUGGGAUGUAAUGGAAGAAGACAGUAACAGUUUGGAAGAUUAA